UGCGCAUGCGCAUACUGAGAAUACGUCUUUCUAUCAAAACCGAAAGUAAAGAUUCGCGGGGAGAAACGGGAUCGCGGGGGCACCGCAAUGCGACCUCAAAGGGCACUUUCACUUUCGCGAUCAAAGGGGCAGGCCCCUUUUUUCUGUUAAUUUUGUGGGGUUUUAUAUAACAGGUGCUUGCUAUAGACCUUUGUCUGGAUAGACACCAUAUUGUAUUGUAUGUGGAGGGACAGACAGAGGUCAUAGAUCGCAGGCUUAAAGUCAGUUUCUCAUUAUGGAGAAUGAAGGGAGCAAUGAGGGAUCUUCAUCUGCAGAACCCGAUCGUGUGUCUCUGAAGAGUGAUCAAUCCAUAACUCCUCCUAAUGUCAAUAAUGAACCAGUGACCUUUGACCCCAGGACCAACUUGAUAAAAAAUCCCAGAGCCGAAGAUGGACUCCAAGGAUGGGGGAUUGUAGAGAAUGGAGGUGACGGCUGGGUGACAGGAACCAACAAUAAACCACAUCCAGACGACACGGUCACCAACUGUUUUAUAACAUCUUACGGUUUAUCUUUGAAGCGACAGCUGAUUGAUUUGAAGAAAGAAGGCUACAGUGAUGCUUUCAUGGAUCUGCAACCUCAUAUCAGAAUAUCAGACUGGUAUGCCCCACGAGCUGACAGUGGGAGUGAGUAUCAGAUCUGUGUAGAGCUGCUUGAUCAAAUGAGGAACCCCAUCAGAUCCUUUAAGCCUGAGAAGGUUGUGUUUAAGAAGGGGAAUGAUGAGCCGUGGCGUCAAGUGACCCACGUCUUCGAGGAUUAUGGACCUGGUGUCCGGUUCAUCCGUUUCACUCACGGUGGGAGGGAUAUAAAGUUCUGGAAAGGCUGGUUUGGAAUACAGGUCACUAACAGUAGUGUGGAGAUCUGUCCACCUGCAGAGAGUGUGGAUCAUGGAGGAGAGCUUGAGACGACAGCAGAAGUACGUGUGUCUUCAAACACACACACGGAAGAGCCUCAGAUGCAUGAGGUUCCUCAGGUUCUGUGUGGAGAGAGUCUGACUGGACUGGACUGGGAGGCUGAACGGAGCGGAGCUGCUUAUGGGGGAGAGUUCAGAAGUACAGCAGAACUACACAAAUAUGCCUGUGAUCUCACACUGGAUCCAAACACAGCACACACUCGUCUCAUUCUGUCUGAGGAGAACAGGAAGAUCACAUGUGUGUUUCAGCAUCAGUCGUAUCCUGAUCAUCCAGAGAGAUUUGAGAACAAUGAGCAGGUUCUGUGUGCAGAGAGUCUGACUGGACGCUGUUACUGGGAGGCUGAAUGGAGCGGGACAGCUCGUAUAGCAGUGGCCUAUAAUGGAAUCGUCAGGAAAGGAUGGAAAGACUGUGUGUUUGGAUGCAAUGACAAAUCCUGGAGUCUGAACUGCUCUAAAAACAAAUUCACUGUCUGUCACGAUAAGAAAUACACUGUCAUACAUGUCCCUUCACCCCUGUCUAAUAGAUCAGGAGUGCAUGCUGUCCGUUCAUCCUCUAAGAGAGUAGGAGUGUAUGUGGACGUGUCGGCCGGCACUCUGUCCUUCUACAGCGUCUCUGACACACACACACUCACACACUUACACACAUUCAACACCACAUUCACUGAACCCCUCUAUGCUGGAUUUAGGGUUGAUGAUAAGUCCUCAUUGUCUCUGUGUGACAUUAAACAACACGGUGUGAUUCUUUCAGGAGCUUCAGCAGCACCUUGAUCAUUUGAUCCUUCAUUAGGUCUGCAUGAGCACAAAGAUAUACUUUAUAUAGCAUCUGAAACGCUAAAAUAAAAAUGAUCUUAAAAGCUUAUUUGACUAAACUCGAAGGCUUAUGUCACAAGGAAACAAUACUUGUAGGAGCCAUAUGUCAUUUUUAACCACUAGAUGGCAGUGUGGACUGGGAGGAGCUAUGUGAUAUUUAAACUUCUCAUGAAUGCCUGCUAGGGGGAAACAGGUGGCGGGAAUAUACAAUUUUCUAAUUUUAUAAUUAUAAUUAUAAAUGAAAAAGCCGGUCCAGAAAGUUUGAAGCAGUUUUAAAAGUUUUCAGUUUGAAAGUUUCAGUUUUAGUUUAGUAAUUUUGAUAGAGUACUAGGG